UGAGCAGAUGUAAAAUGACCUGGUUCAGCUUUAUCCAUACUGUGAAGAGAGAACACGGUCCAGUGCUUUAAGUAGAUUAAUGAUUAUUUCUUUCCACUGUUUGAGUGUUAAGGUUAAUGUUGCCAUCCAUCGGUUCAUCGUGUGUGUGAAUUAGUCUACACAAUUUACAAUUGCAUGUGGUGACAAAAUGCAAAGGCAGCUUUAUUGGCAAUCUGUCAGAAAAAUGUUCAUUGCUAACAGAAGCUGGACUCAGACAGACUCAAAUAUAACAGCUACAGGAUAGUACAAAUCGCAUACAUUUACAGAACGUACAUACUAUGGAGAAAAGUACAGGUAAUAUGAAUAAAUAGGAAUCUGAAUUGCGCAUAAGAUUAUAUUGCACAGUGACAAUGAUUAAAGGUAAUAAUGCACUGCACUGUUUGCUAUUUUUUUUUCUCACUUCUUGAUUGUAUGUGUAAACUCGAUUUUCUUCGUCAGUGGUCGAAAAAAGUGCAGUGUAUGAAGAGACGUAUGCACAGAGUAAUGUUUCUAAUAAACUGUUUCCUUUGUCGCUUUUCGCAUAUUGCUUUCUGCACAUCCUGCUUUGCACAUUGAGCAAAGCUUUGCGCAAAGUCCCUAGUGACCUUAUCAGAUUUAAAUCUAGCGCCCUGUUCAACACGAUUACAGUGUCGUUUCCGUCACUGCAUGGCAGUGAGUUUCUCUGGAGAUGCUGUGGCUGGUCUUUUUUUAAACUCUGGGAAAAAGCUACGUCAGGACUCCAGGCUAGUGUUUCAGCUGUUAUCCAAAACCCCGGGAUCCUCAUGCCUUGAGCUCCCCGGUGCGCGCUCACCUCCCCGCAGUCAGACUCUACGCGGUGCGCGAGAAAAUCUUUUGGCCACAAACCGUACCUCCAACUUCAGUGGUUUUCAUGGAGAUCUGCACUUGUCGGCUGUGUUUUUGGAUGAAUAUCAUGACAGGCUUUUCCUGGGAGGGAAGGAUGUUCUCUACUCGUUGAGACUGGAUCACAAACAUGAUGCUAAAGAGAUCCAUUGGCCUUCAUUGCCUGGGAACCGUGAGGACUGUAUUCUCAAAGGGAAGGAUCCCGAGACAGAGUGUGCAAACUUUGUGCGGUUGUUGCAGCCAUUUAACCGCACUCAUCUACUGGCCUGUGGAACUGGAGCUUUCCAACCCGUGUGUGCAUAUGUGAUGGUUGGACACCGCGGAGAGCAUGUGUUCAGUUUGGAUCGCACCACGGUACAGAAUGGGAGGGGGAAAUGUCCCCAUGACCCCAAACUACCCUUUGCAAGCACCUUCACAGGUGGAGAGCUGUACACUGGUCUGACUGCAGAUUUUUUGGGGAGAGACUCUGUGAUUUUGAGAGGUUUAGGGACUCGCUCGCCAAUGAGAACAGAGAUGGAUCAGAGAAUCCUACAUGAGCCCAGGUUUAUUGCGGCCCACCUCAUUCCUGACAGUGCGGACAGAGAUGACGAUAAAAUUUAUUUCUUCUUCACUGAAAGAGCAACAGAGACUGCAGAGCGAGAUGAUGAAGGAGCCAUACACACACACAUUGGACGAUUGUGUGUGAAUGAUGUGGGUGGGCAGAGGGUUCUGGUGAAUAAGUGGAGCACAUUUAUUAAAGCCCGACUGGUGUGUUCUGUUCCUGGACCUCAUGGCAUCCAAACACACUUUCACCAGCUGGAGGAUGUGUUUCUGUUAAGGACCAAAGAUGAAACCAAUCCAGAGAUCUAUGCAAUAUUCAGCACCAUCAGUAAUGUGUUUCAGGGGUAUGCCGUGUGUGUGUAUAGUAUGGCUGAUAUCCGUGAAGCAUUUAAUGGGCCAUUUGCUCAUAAAGAAAGGCCGGACUAUCAGUGGGGACCUUAUGAAGGACGAGUCCCUUACCCGAGACCAGGAGUGUGCCCUAGUAAGAUCACGGCUCAGCCUGGUCGUGCCUUCCGUAGCACACUGGAGUUUCCAGAUGCUGUUCUGCAAUUUGCUCGAACACACCCACUAAUGUGGCGUCCCAUUUACCCAUCACAACGGCAACCACUGCUGCUCCGCACCGGCGCCCCAUACAGGCUCACACACAUCACUGUAGACCGCACACAGGCCGAGGACGGAUACUAUGAUGUCAUGUUCAUCGGCACUGAUGUUGGGACUGUGCUAAAGGUUAUCGUACUUGGAAACAGUAACUCUCUCGCCAACGAGGAGAUUACACUGGAGGAAAUGCAGGUGUUCAAGGUACCCACUCCCAUAACCUCCAUGGACAUUUCUGUGAAAAGGCAAACUCUGUUCGUGGGUUCACAGACAGGUGUUGUCCAGGUGCCUCUGCACCGCUGCAGUAUGUACGGUAAAGCUUGUGCCGAGUGCUGCCUAGCUCGAGAUCCAUACUGUGCCUGGGACGGACGCACCUGCACACGCUACCUGCCAAACACAAAACGGCGUUACCGAAGACAGGACAUCAAACAUGCAAACCCAGCACUGCAGUGCAUGGACCAAAACCUCAGCGUGGAGGACCUGGAGCUGACUGAAGAACGGCUCGUUUACGGCACUGAGAACAACAGCACCUUCCUGGAGUGCAUCCCUCGAUCGCCACAGGCCACUGUCACAUGGCACAUUCAGAGAGAUGACUACAAAGAGGAGGUGGUACUGGAUGAACGUAUCACUAAGACAGACGAUGGUUUGUUGUUCCGCCGUGUGCUCCGUCAGGACAAAGGCAAAUAUGUGUGUCGAUCUCGGGAACACGGGUUCACACAAACCCUCUCACGCUUCUGGUUGGACGUCUUACAAACCGACACCCUUUCGGACCUCCUGUCACGUGACAGCAAAUAUAAAGUAUGGUCGCCGUGCCCUGCCAACACAGCCUCUACCAAUCGUGGCCCAGCCAAGACGUGGUUCAAGGACGUCUUGCAGCUGAUUGGUCCUUCAAACCUGCCGCAGGUAGAGCAGUACUGUGAACGUGUUUGGUGUAAUGAGAAGCUGAGACGCAAACACAAAAGCAUGAUGGACAAAUAUCGGCAAGCGCAGGACUCUGGGCGGAGAGCACGAGUCCAAAAGAGCACAGGAGAAUCCCGAAUCCGCUCUCCACGGGACCUCCACUCACAAGAGUAAAAUACAGAACCACAUGAAGCAAUAUGGACUUCCAAUGGAAAGUGGACGUGUUUUUUAGAUGCUCUCUCAAACACACACACAUAAACAUACUUGUUUUUGUUUGUGGUGAUGUAAAAUAUUAUAGGUUUUGUCUCUAACAAUCCAAGAUCUCUCUGUGUUAAUUAGGACAUUCUUGAGUGUCCUUUCCAAAAGUUCCUGUGACCAUGGCAGCCGGCCCUCAUCAUCUUACAGUAGACCAUGGCUGAUGUUAUACGUCACACUUAAGAACUCAGCAGCUGCAAAACCUUUUUACUGGAACAAAGGGAACUAGUAGAUUGGAGCGCUGCCCCUGCUAUAACAGGUGCCAAAAAACAUACAUUCAUUUAAGAUACAUCUGGCUGUGAUACAGCUGAGUGUAAUACUCAGAGACUUUUCCUCAACUGAGAACUAUGGCAGCAUUCAACAAAACUCAGCUUGCCAGUACAUUAAGCUGGAAAGAAAUAAAAGUUUGGACUAAUUAGACUAUUUUCUAGUAACUGAAUCAUAUGUUGACGACCGUUGAGACUUCAACAGAACUGACUUUGUUCUUAAUCAUCUUGGAACACCACAUCGCAAUCAUGAGCUUUAGAACUUUGUACAGGGUUUGUUUUCUUUUCAAUUUUUGCGAGGUAAAGUUUUGGUAACACUUUAUAGUAAGGUCCGAUUUAUUAGUUAAUGCAUUAGCUAACUUUAAAUAAUGAAUUUUACAGCAUUUAUCAUGGUUUAAAAUUUAU